CCCACCCCCAAAGUCAUCAUAUUAUGCAGUCCCAACAGUAGCAAAUUCUUUCUUGUAUUUGAUAAGUACUGUGAGAGAUCGAACAUGGCCGACGAUAGCACAGCCACCUGCAUCGACAUCCUCCUUGCCAUCAUCCUCCCUCCUCUUGGUGUCUUCCUUAAGUAUGGUUGCAAGGUAGAGUUCUGGAUCUGUUUGGUGCUUACCCUUUUUGGUUACCUUCCUGGAAUUAUCUAUGCUGUCUAUGCUAUCACCAAGUGAUCAUCAUCUUUUAUGGACAAUGAAUAAUUUGUCAAAGGACGAUGGUGGUUAAUGGUUAUGCAUGUUUCUCAACUCUUCUUCUAUGAUCGUUUGAUCCCAGAUCGACAAAACUUAUUCUUUUCUGUUUAAUUAUCACUGUCGAUAUUCCUUUUCAUUCUUGUGUUUUUGCUUUUAGUCACUGUUAUUGUCUUGUGUGGAAACCAAAAUGUAUUCAUGUCUUAAUUUAUGGUAAUCAUCAAAUUCAAAUAUAUAUACUACUUGGUUAGUA